UGGCAUCACCUGAUAUUCAUUCAUAAUGAGGAAAGUAUCUGUGUUAUACCUCAUAUUUGAGUUUUCAGUGCUUAAUUGUCUUCUAAAUUUGUUUUACUGCAUGCAUUAAAAGAUAAGUGCAUUUUAGCAUCUAUGAAUGAAAGAAAAAUGUUCAAAUGUAUAUUAAUGCAUAAUGUAAUAUCAUGGUAUUUUAUACAGUUUUACUGACAUAUUCAUAAAACAUGCUACUAACAUGAUACUGCAGGGAUUUUAAAAGACUGUCAUGACCAUACCACUAUGGUAAAAUCCAAAAACUUGUAAUUUAAGUAAUUUAUGUACUCUAUAUUGUUAUGGUAAUGAUGUGGAACUUUUGUAAUGCAGGUCUUUAGGUCAGUGAUGUCAGAGAUGGACACUAGGAGGCGCUUUAGCUUCACUUUUACCUUCACUAAACUUGGGUUAUUGAUAAAAAAAUAGAUUAUUUUUCGAUCGCUUUCGAUUUCUCUUCAUUCCUCCAGGUUAUUUGUGUUUAGUAAUGCUUUGUAAGGUUCGCGGGCCAAUCUGGAAAGGGAUCGGAAGUUUAUUCCAGAUGUUUUUCGGCUCUGGGACUCCGUUUCUACUAUGUUGACGGUUGAGGACAUGAAUAUUAAUUACGCAACGUGACGUUCGCCUGGUAGUCCGACCUGAUUGGCUGAAAAGGCCUGCGUUUGAAAGCGGGCGCUCGUCAACUGGCGAAUUAGCUAAUCCUACUAUGGCGAAGGCGUGGCUAAUUAAUAUUAAUAAGGUUAUCUGACUGGACGCAAAUGGAAGGUUUCCAAGGAACGUCAGCAGCGAGUAAUUAAUAUUCAUAAGAUAAGCCGAUGCGUAAUUUCGCCUCAUGUCCUGAAAAAGAGUACCAGUUGUGAACUUUUCUUGAGUGAAGAGAGAGUUUCACGGGUUUGAUCACAACUACAUCCCACCUUCAUGUUCUUAAAGAGGUGUGUUCGUUUUUCCUGGAUGUGACCUACAUUAACAGCCUUAUUGUUUUGCUUUUAAUCAUAUUUUAAGCUCAGGAUUUGUGAUUUCUGUCACAUUAUAUCGUCUUGAGCCUCAGCGGAUCUUCAAGACAAACUUGAAGUUGAUGAACCAUAGUAUUACUCCGGAGCAAUGGAGCUGAAGAUUGAAGGCUAAAUUCACACAGAAUCAUUUGUACGGUGGCCAGAUCUCAGCAGAGCUGGUUCUGAUGGCGGACAAUGGCCCAUCUGGUCUGUUGGAGGCGUGUGUUGUUGUUGGAGUAUCAAACGAACGUUUGAAAGAACUAUACCAGCUACAGGGAAGAGAGAAGGAGCUCCCCCUAGUGGAGGCAGAGGUGUUGCAGGUUCACGCGCCACCGUUCGUUACGAAGGAGAGUUCCAGUUUCGAACAGGCUCAUGCUCCGGCCUUCAGUAGAGUCCAAAAGAGACGCUCUUUUAAGAAGAAGAGAGAACGAGGAGCUUUGACCGCCAUCGAUCCCACCAAAACCAAUGAAUCGGCAGUCGCCUACUCAGACGCCCUCAGCGUACCUCAAAACAUCGACCUCAUAGCCCUGCCCCAGCUCUGUUUCCCAGAUGGAUUGAGAAUAACCAGUGAGAGCAAAAAAGACGCCUAUCAUUUCCUGGUGUUUACCGAUGUGUUUGGGAACCAAACGCACGGAGUGGUGGCUCAGUACUGCAAGUCCAUUCAGUACCAAGAUAAUGAGAUAUAUCAAAAUGGCAAUCAGUCGACCAAACCACAGCGUUUGUACACGCAAUACAGCAUAUGUGUAAUCUCCAAAUACCCGUAUUAUAACUCUCUCCGAGACUGCCUGUCCUGUUUCUUGCUCGAGUUGAAGACCAGCCGCAUGUCUGAAUUUGAAGAGCAGGUGAAGGAAUUCUCCGCCAAGCUGGCACUGGUACCCAUCCCUCCCCCUGGACCACUCCAUGUGGUGUUUAAUCUUAGACCUCUUCAGAUUGAACUUCCCUCCAGACUGGAACCAGAUCGGACCGUGGUGGACCUCGAUCUUCACCUGCCCUUUCUGUGUUUCAAACCCAAACAGAUCCUGCAGAUCAUCAGCAGUAUCUUAAUGGAGCAGAGAAUUGUGUUUCUUUCCACUGACUGGGCCAAGCUCACACUAGUGGCUGAAAGCUUCAUGAUCUACAUUCAUCCACUGUGCUGGCAGCAUCCGUUUGUACCCGUCCUGUCUCGCCAAAUGCUGGACUUCAUCAUGGCACCCACAGCCUACCUGAUGGGCUGCCACACGUACCACUUUGACGAGGUGGCCGAGGAGAUGGAUGAUCUGGUUCUUAUAGACAUUGAUGAAGGAACCGUGUCGUCUUCAGGUUCAGACACACUGAAGCUUCCAGAGGUCCCACUGACAGCAAAAGAUUUCUUUAUAUACCGAGCAAAGGAACUCCAGCUGCACUAUGAUCUGGAUCUGUGUCACGUCGGCACAUGUACUGAUAUUAAUGAGUUGCGUGCUCACAGGAGACAGUGGCAGCGGAAAAUCAACACUGUGAUCCUGAACGUCACCUUGGAGCUCAUCGUCAACAUCUUCAGUGAAGUGCGUGAGUUCCUGAAUUAUGAACAUCGUGUUUUUAACAGUGAGGAAUUCCUCCGAUCGAGAGAGACGAACGACCAUGCAUUUUACAAGAAGGUUUUAGACACUCAUAUAUUCCACACAUUUCUACGGGAUCGUUUGAAUAGAAAGAAAGAUGCCUUCACUCAAAUGGAGCUGAACACCUGUUCAGAGACUCGCAGGUUGCGGGCCAUGAAAGAGUCUCCACGCAGGCCCACUGUUGAGGAGAUGAGCCACAAAUACUCCAGAGCAGAGACCGGUCUGAAUAAGAGACUGGGGAUGAGUAUGCCUAACCUGGCUGAUAGCAGAUUACUAACCGUACCAGUCCGACACACGUCAAUGAAGACAAUGCUUUCACAUUACGGUUCCUGGAGUCCCUCAAGGCUAAUCAAAACCUUUAAACUCCCAGACUUCCCUCCUCCACUGGCCUACCACUAUGUUCAGAAUUACUACAAUGAGCUCAUUAACCAGUUGAGCAAAGCCAUCUCUAUGGUAAACCCAGACGACUCUGCCCUCCUGGCGCGUUACUAUUACCUUCGAGGACUGGUGAACUCUGUUGCCGGGAGACACGUGGAUGCUCUCAGAGACUUCCAGAGCUUAUAUAAGACAGACAUGGACAUAUUUCCCGCCAAGCUUGUCAAUACUCUAGUUGAGUCUCUGCCAGCGGAGGAAAGAAAGUCGGCUGAGCGAAGAACCGAAUUAAAACGCUUGAUGAGCCACGUGAAAAGAGACAGUGAACGGGAACGGUCGCGACCAUUGGAUGGUGGUUCAGUGAAGAGAUUUGAACUGCCCAAGAAACACUUGCACAUGGAUGACUUUGUGCGGCGGGUUCAGGAGUCGGGCAUCGUCAAGGACCUGGGCACCAUCCAGAGACUGUUUGAAGCACUUACUGUGGGUACGGAGGACUCGUCCCAAUCUGUUUUUUACCUUCAGGUGGAUGGUCAACAGAAGCAGGUAGAUCCAGACACUUUCCGAUUUUUCUACAACUUCUGGAAGGAGACGGAAGCUGCGGCUCAGGACGUGGACUUACCAGCCAUCGUGCUGGAACACUUGGAGACCAAUGAGUGUGUCUACAAACUCUCAUCAUCGGUGAAGACCAGCCACGGUGUGGGAAAGAUCGCCAUGACCCAGCGCAGACUCUUCCUGCUGACAGAAGGGCGGCUGGGAUACAUCGAGAUCACAAAGUUCCGAGAUAUUGAGGAAGUGAAGAUUUCUUCUGCUCCUUUCCUCCUCCUGAGGAUCCCAUCGCUGAAGAUCAAGACGUCCUUCAGGAAAGAGUCGUUUGAGGCCAAUCUGAAGUCUGAGUGUGACCUCUGGCAUCUGAUGAUCAAAGAGAUGUGGGCGGGGAGGAAGAUGGCCGACGAUCAUAAGGACCCUCAGUUCAUGGAGCAGGCCUUGACCAACGCUCUGCUGAUGGACGCUGUGGUUGGCAUUUUACAGACGCAGAAAGCCGUUUACGCUGCUACAAAACUCGCCUACUUUGACAAGAUGAAAUCUGAGGUACCCAUGAUGGUUCCUAAAACUACAUCUGAGACCCUGAAACACAAGAUCAACCCCUCUCUGGAUCUGAUGUCACCUCAAGCUGUUGAUGUUCUGCUCUACACGCCUGGUCAUCUGGGUGUGUCGGACUUGAACGGUGGUGGAAACCCAAAGCUCUGGUGUGCUAUAAGUGAUGGGAAGGUUCUGGUGUUUGACGCAACCAGCUGGUCCAUGCAGCAGAACUCAGUGCAAGUGGGAACCUCUCGUCUGAACUGCAUGUUGGCAGUGAAUCAGCAGCAGCUGUGGAUCGGAUCUCAGGAUUCAUUUAUUUACAUCAUAAAUCCGCACAGCAUGUCCUGCAACAAACAACUGACGGAGCAUCGCGUUGAAGUCACGGGACUCGCGCUGGAGGAGAGAACCGACAAAUACAGUCAGAUGGUGGCGUACUCGUGCAGUGCGGAGGGUACAGUGAUCGUGUGGGACGUGUCCUCGCUGCAGGUCAAACGGCAUUUCAGAAUAUCAUGUGACCGGCUACAGUCCAUUGAGAUUCAUAACGGCAUGCUGUGGUGCGGUGCUCGUGAUUGUCUUAUUGAAGUGCGCAGAAACGGUACGGUACAUCGCAAGAUGUCACUUCCAGAUCACCUGUUGAGUUCGCCGGGGGGUUUUAGCAGUUUCCUGCUUUUUAAUGAGUCGGAGCAGCUGUGGGCCGGUUUCGCAGAUGCAGGUGAGCUGUGUAUGUGGCACUGCAGGGAUCUGACCAGACCCAUAAUCAGAAUCCAGCUGAAAGACUGCACAGGUGUCGUCUGCAUGAUCAAAGUCAAGAAGCAGAUCUGGGUCGGUUGCCGCGGACACAGCAGCACAGGAAAAGCUCGCGGGAAAAUCUACGUUCUGAACAUUGACCGUUGCACAGUAGAGAAGGAGCUGGUGGCACACACGGACAGCGUUCAGACGCUGUGUUCGGCUGAAGAUCGUUACGUGCUCAGCGGAGCCGCGCAGGAAGACGGCAAAAUCGGCAUCUGGAAAGUGGAGUAGAAACCAGCAGGAGCACGAUUAGUUUCAGACUUUAAAACAGGAUAUUAUGGGAUAUAAUCUCAAUAGCAUAUGAAGAUCAAUCUUCCGUUUCUAACAAGUGGGCCAGUAUGCAUUAGAAAAAUGUUGUGAGGCAUUUCGGAGUUGAUCUGCUCUUAAUAUCAGAAGCCAAUAUAAACAUUAUAUAGACCAAUAUAAAGAAGACACACAGUGUAAACACACUCUGCCUGCUGAGAAAUGUGCUGUAUUACAAGACUGUGGAUAUUUAUGGCCAUCUCUCCAUUAUAAAGGGACAAAAAACAUACAAGAUUUGAGUAGUAAUUUACUGUUAUGGGAAUAUGAAGUAACGUUCACUACAUAACUAUUACUAAAAGUCAGUAUUGAAGGGAAAGACACUAUUUAACACUAGUACUUUUUAUUAUGAAUCAGCAGUGUUAUUUAAGUACCUCUGUCAUUAUGAAAGACUUCCUCUGGAGCUAAAAUACUAGCGACCAUUUAAAUGUUUUUAAGUGUUUUAAAUAUUAAUGGGCAUGAAAAGGGAAGCCUUGUUUUAGAAAUCUUUUUUUAUUUACGAAUUGUAAGCCAGUCAACAGAUUUUUCCUUGGGGCUCAUUAUAAUUUCAGCAUGUCAUAAAUGUGAUUUGGCAUACAACUUCCCCCUCUAUAAACAAAGGGCCACAUGAUGCCAUUUUACAAAUGUGAAAUUGCACUUUACUGUUUGACUCUUAUGUAUCAAUAGUAGUGAAUAGUUUAGGAUAUACAGGUAGUUUGUUUGAUUUUUUUUUUUUUUACAAACUGUAUGAAGAAACUACUUUUUACAUGCAUAUGAAACGUAAAGAGCUUUUAUAAAUACAGUAUCAUACAUUGUACUGUCCAUAUUUAAUAUAUAAUAUUCCAAAAUGAUUUUAAUUGACAUUGUUUUUAUUUUGAAGCUUUUUACUCUUUUGUAACGAGUUCAUAAAUGUCAUUUUUGAGACUAGUGUUUAGAUUAUCAUUUUGUAAGAAAUUAACUUAAAGGGUUCACUAAGUACGGCUCUUACUCGUCCCAUCGGUCCUAGAAGUAGUUUGUGGUUUUGGACUCUAUACUGACACCUAUUGUCCUGGAGUGCUGUCGCUUCAAACCAAGCGUGUUUGUUUAUUUUCUGUGUUUUUAUCCGUCUCAUAUUACACACAUCCCUAUAAUGGACAUUCUUCUAUCCAAUCCAAACGAAUCUUCGCGCCCUGUUGCACUCCGGACUGUGACCGGACAGCCGCGACUUGCGAGCUCUCGGCCGGCUGAACACCGCUUUGCGCUCGCGUUUGGUUAACCAUGACUUGCGCCGUGAGAGCUGCAGGUCGUAGCUGUUUGUUUAAUCACUCCAGCAGGGACCUCUUGUUUGGACAUUUUAUCUGUCCACUUUUACUCAUUUUGUUCGGACUGUCUAGUGGAUCACACUCCUGUUUAUCAAUCCCGUACCAUCACUAGCUAUGCUUCCAUCCAAGUUGCGAAUUUAAUUUAUGCGGAAAAAACGUAUCAUCGCAAAAACAAUGUCCGAAUAAAGCCGUGUUUCCAUCCAAGGGUGUUCAAAAGGAUGAAAUCGUCACUUCAGGAGAAAUUGUAGCCACUGUGAGUGUUUUUAUUUAUUUAUUUAUUUAUUUAUUUUUGGUUUUCUCUCCAAUUUGGAAUGCCCAAUUCCCAAUGCGCUCUAAGUCCUCAUGGUGGCGUAGUGACUCGCCUCAAUCCGGGUGGUGGAGGACGAAUCUCAGUUGCCUCCGCGUCUGAGACCGUCAAUCCGCGCAUCUUAUCAUGUGGCUUGUUGAGCGUGUUACCACGGAGACGUAGUGCGUGUGGAGGCUUCACGCUAUUCUCCACAGCAUCCACGCUCAACUCACCACACGCCCCACCGAGAGCGAGAACCACAUUAUAGCGACCACGAGGAGGUUACCCCAUGUGACUCUACCCUCCCUAGCAACCGGGCCAAUUUGGUUGCUUAGGAGACCUGGCUGGAGUCACUCAGAAUGCCCUGGAUUCGAACUCGUGAACUCCAGGGGUGGUAAUCAGCAUCAAUACUCGCCGAGCUACCCAGGCCACACUCUGAGUGUUUUAUUAAUAAAUUACUGGCGGUUUAGAGCGCGCAGACAAAACACUGUAAAGAACUUUGUCUCAUAUUUGGGAGCGACAGCACGUCGCACACUUCUGAGCACUAUAUAUAUGUGCAUUCAUACAUCCUUAUGACUAUACCGUGCGGAUCUAUAGGAUAUUUUUCAAAAGUGCCAGUAAACCUUCUCUUCCGUACAGUUCAAGUUUGUUUUCGACAUAUUUGCUCCGCAAACUCUUUGCAGACUUUGGAUUUUCUAGACACCAUUAUUUCAGGAUGACUGGAGCAUCAUUUCAGAUGUGGUGAUUGGCCCGCCGAGUUAUUCAGUCACAUGACCUUUUUGAUGCACAACUUUUAUUCCUAACCAAUUCAAGAGGAGUUUAUUCAGUAAAUGCGUUUCUAUCAUAGUUUGUGCGUAUUUCUUCUUAUCGAAUAAAAAAUAUAUCCACCUCAAGCGAGCAUAUAAUUUUCUAUGUGCAUUUUGGAGAUUUAUUCGCAUCUUGGUGUUUCCAUCCAACAGUUUUAAUGCGAUAUCCCAAAAUACGCAUAAGAAAAAGUUGAUGGAAACAUAGCUGCUGUCACCAUUGAUGACCACUGUAUGACAGUGUCAUGUGUUGUGAACAUGGCAGCCCCCAUGAGGGGACGGCCUGCUCCAUGUAAAAUGAAACAACUUUGAUAGAGUUUAUGACUCAAAUCUUCAUCUCAUGUGUGUACAUCAUUUUCAACAUAUUUCUAAAAAAUGCUUUGUGUAAAAAAAAAUUUCUUUAUAUAAUAAUUAUAAAAUUCACUUGAACUUUGUAAUUUUCUUUGGUUACUUUCAUCCUAUUCAGAGUAAAAAUAAAUGAAAUAAAUGA